CGUGGAAGUUGUGGAGACGUGGGAAAGCGCAGAUGUGACCUUGUCGUGUUUUGGCCUGUUCCUCCCAGUGUUCCUCCCAGGCUCCCAGCGUCUCGCACUCCUUCCAUUGCGUUCGUCCUGCUCUCAUGGCCGCAAACAACAAUACAAACUUGGACUUCUUUGCCCUUUUGCACGCCGUCCAGUUAGCUCAACAGCAGCAGGCUUCGCCUUCGCCUUCUCAGCAGCCGGCGACAGCUAUACAAAUAGCGAAUCAGGUUCACUCUGCAGCUCCGGCAUCUCAACCACCUCUGCUUCCGUUUUCACCUUCCACUCCGCAAAAUGCUCCGGCACUGGGACGCCCGACCACGCCCCUCGGUUCCCCGCAGCUCUACAAACAUCUGGAUGUCGAUAGCAUGACCUCGGAAGAACGCAGGCUGCUGAUCUCGCAGCUUGCCCCGGGAUCAGGUUUGGGCUCCGGUCCCAACUCCACUUUCAGCGCAUUUGGGAGCGUGUCAUCACCGUUAUCGACAAGUAUGCCUACGACCCUGACAGGAACGUCACUGUCCUUCACUUCGAGUAUUCCCAUGCUCCCGCAGAUCCCCGCGAGUUCUAGUGCGUCGUCCUUUCCGCCUUCAUAUUUCUCAUUCCCGGCCACGUCUAUACCGAAUGCGUCGGCACCACAGGGUCUCACCACCACCACGGCUCCAGCGGACUGGCCAAUACCACAGUUCCACCCAGGCAGCAUACCGCUCGUGUACAACAACCCGUACGGCAUGCAACCCUUCUCCCAAGCGCACAUCCAGGCCCUCGCGCAGGCGCAGGCGGGGAUGUUACUGCAGCAGCAGACCAAAGCAAACAUCAAAGAUACCCCGACUCUCAACCGAGUUCGCACAGCCUUCACUUCUGGGAGUGGGAGUGGGAGUGGGAUUGGAACCCCGUCGAGAGGCAUACAUACCCCGCCGACAUCUCAGCUGCCGCGGUCCGCAAUACCCGGAUCGUCGACAUCAUCGUCUUCGGCGCAGAAACGGCCGGGACAGAGUUUGAGCGCGGCGUCGUCGAAGCGGUACCGGGCGCGCGCGAAAGCUGCGUCAGUUGCCCCAGCACCCUUCGUCCCCGUCCUAACCCCACAACAGCAAGAGCACAUCAGCACCAUCAAGCACCGCAUGCACGAAGCCCUCCACGCCGACCAAACAGCGGUCCUCAAACCCAACCAAACGCCAUUCACGUCCCGCGAAGACGCCAUCAAGCGACUGUUGCCCUACCAUGUAUACUACGUACCUAAGGAUGAGGCCAGGGCGUUGACGGAUGCUGAGGCGGGUGUUCCUAGUGCAGAGGACUUGGUCGCGCGAGCAACACAGCUGGUACACGAAUUCAACCAGUGGGCGCUUGUUGAGCCGGUACGUUUCCGUUUAACCCCAGACCUCUCUUUUCUACGUAUGAUUUUGACCUGUUAUCGCUUGCAGCCCCCACCAUCACGAUACACACUACUUGCGGAGCAACUGGUGGAGGAAGACGGGACGGGGUUCAGUAGUUUUGUGGGCACGGAUGAGGUGGAUAUCGUAGAUUCGGCCUGAUGUGUCGGUGUAAGGGCAGAGGGAGCGAGGGUGGGAUGCAGAAAGACCACAUCCAGUUCGAUCUUCGACGGAGCUCUCGAGUUGGCGCUUACACGUCAAGUCGAAGUCGACAUUCCAUAGCCCGACACCGACAACACGUGGCUGUUUGUAAAUAUUUGAUUGCGAAAUGACAUAUCAGGAUAUGGGUAUAGG